GGCCACCCACUCCUCCCAUAAUUGCCCUCUGGUUCUCGGGCAGAGUGCCCUUGUAUCCUACUUCAAUUCAAUUGCAAGGCAGAGUUGGCACGUCUCCUAAGAGAGGAAAGAGUGGUAGGUCUUGCUUUUGGCUAUAGAUAAAGAGAGACCCUGCUCUUGGCUCCAUUGCAUUUGGCUUCUCUUGGCUUCGAUUUGGAGGAUGAGGCCAGGGAUUGGAGUUAGCCCAGGAAACGUGCCUGUGUACUAUGGGGGAGGGCACCUGAAGGCAGUGGAAAGAAGAGUGAAGGUGGCUGAGGUGGUGCUUAGGUGGGUGAUCUUCGGGCUGGGAGUGCUUGCUGCUGCUCUUGUGGCCUCUGACACCCAGGUCACCAACAUCUUCUCCUUGGAAAAGAAGGCCAAGUUUACAGAUAUGAAAGCGUUGGUGUUUCUGGUGAUUGCUAAUGCGAUAGCUGCAGGUUAUAGUCUCAUCCAGGGUUUGAGGUGUGCGGUGAGCAUGAUUAAAGGGAGUGUGCUCUUCGACAAGGCCUUGGCUUUGGUUAUUUUCUCAUGUGAUCAGGUGAUGGCAUAUGUGACACUGGCUGCAGUGGCAGCAGCAGCACAAUCAGCGGUGCUCGGGGAGUUUGGGCAGUCAGAGCUGCAGUGGAUGAAGUUAUGCAAUCUCUAUAGGCGGUUCUGUUCUCGAGUUGGGGAGGGAAUUCUGAGUUCAUUUGUUGUUAGCCUUGGCAUGGUCAGCCUCUCUGGUCUAUCUGCCUUUAACCUCUUUCGUUUGUUUGGGAAUAACAAAGGAAAGACUAGGGGUUGACAGGUUCAAUUGCAGCCAGUAUUUUAGCAACCAGCAUGUAUCCCUUGGUUGAUUAAGUAGUUAUGCUUUAAUGUGGGCUUUGUAAAUGUUUAUCAUAUGUAUGUAAUAAGUCCAAGACAUGUUUCUAUAUGCUACUUGUAAGACUUAAAAUCCAGUCAAGAACUCAUCUAGUUUGGUUGGACCUCCACAA